CCCAUCACUAGUUUUCAAUAUGACAAUUUAAACGUCAGUGUGACAGAAAAUUCCCCAACGGUUAAAAAUAAAAAUGCUUCUUUAUUCAACAACCAUUGUAACAAGGCUUCUGUUGAUAUAGAUGUUGGAAUCCGAAUAAAGUUUUAACAACCACAGAGUAGGUAAUUUAACAACCAUAAGCAAUGGGAAAAUGAGAAAUGUCAAUCGGUGUAGCUUUUUGAGCUGAAAAAGCUUGAGCUUUUCUUUCCGUUCACGACGAUUUUCCAGACUUUCUUUUAUAAAAAUAAAAUGUUACUCUAGGUAUAUUUGCGCUAUUGCUUUAUAGUGCAGUUCUAGUGCAGUUGGAGCGUUGGGCAGGGCAGAAUACGACUUUAGUUAGAAAUCAAUAAAUCCGGCAACAUGUCGAAGUGGCAAUCGGAGCGCAGUAUCCACGAGAUGCUCAAGGAUACGCCCCCGAUCCGCGAGUCCAGCGACUCCAUCACGUCGGGGACGGAGGCCAAGUUCACCACCUCAAGGUCCAUGCCAUUUCCACCCGCUUACGUGCCUCCAGAAGUGUCGGUGGGCUCGGCGGCGGGCCCCAGCACGGUGGUGAAGGCGGGCACCAACCGCAUGGAGUCUCUCAAGACCUGGUCGCUGUCCACAUAUAAGUGCACCCGCCAACUCCUGUAUGAGAAGCUCGGGAAGACCUCCAGGACUGUUGAUACUGAGCUGGAAGCGCAGAUCGAGAUGCUCCGCGAGACGCAGCGCAAGUACAGCGGCAUCCUGCGGCUGAGCCUGGCGCUGGCGGCGCAGCUGGCGGCCGCGGCGGGCACGCAGCGCGCGCUGGGCGAGGCCUUCGCCGAGCUGGCACAGCGCGAGCCCGAGCUGCAGCAGCAAUUCCUGUACAACGCGGACACGCAGCGCUCGCUAACCCGCAACGGCGAGUCUUUGCUGGCCGCGCUGCAGCUGUUCAACACGUCGCUGAGCACGCUCGUGCACAAGACCGUGGCCGACACGCUGCAGACUGUCCGGCUGUACGAGACCGCCAGGAUAGAAUACGACGCGUACCGCAGCGAGGUCGAAGCGUCGUCUCCCGCCCCCGAGCCGCUACUAGCCGCCACCGAGCGCCACCGCCGCCAGUACGCACGGCUACGGGACGACGUGGCCGUGAAGCUGCAUCUGCUGCAUGAGAACCGAGUGAAAGUAAUGAACAAGCAGCUCCUGCUAUUCCACAACGCGAUCUCGGCGUACUUCAGCGGCAACAACGUGGCACUAGAGGCGGCCGUGAGGCACUUCCACAUCACCCCCCCCGCGCCCGCGCCCGCCCCCGCGCCCCCGCACCCCUCGUAGGGGCGCCACCGGUACGCCGUGUGUCUCGGGAGCAAGACCAACAAGCUGUUCGAGAGGGGACAUGUACUGAAUAGCAGUUUCUAGAACGAUGGACUUGUGAGUGAAGUAGUGCGGUGUUGUAAGUGAGAGGGGUUUUUGAAUUGUUUCUUAGCUCUGUACUUACGUAUUAAUGUUUAAAGUUCGCGUAUGUAUAUAGACCUGCUGGAUUGUUCUUAUACUUGUGAGUAUAGUAAAGCCAGGAAACUGGAUUUCCAAAAUUUCAUUAAAAUGUAAUAUUUAAUCUAAUAUCAAAGAUACUUACUUAUAGUAGUUAUAUUAUUAAGAGCUAAAAUAAUAUAUGUUUCCAUCUAUUGAUAGGGAUAUUUUAAGGAUUCGUAAUUGAAAAGCCUUAAUAGCUCCAUUGUUAUAGUAUUUUGUAUAAGAUAAAGUAUAGUGUUCCAGCUAGAUUAAAAGCACUUUGGAUAUUAUUUGAACUAAUUGUUCAGCUAGUGCAAAUCAGAUAAUACAGGGCCCCAUAGCAUGGGAUGCAAGAUGUCUUGUCAUGCACAAGAAAUUAUAAACAAAAUGCGUCGCGCUCAUUCACAGCGUCCGGACUCGGAAAUGAGGUGUUAAUACUUUGUAUUAUAUCAUGUCUUGUGUCCCGUGCUACACGCCCAGACGAAAUAAAAAUAUGACUUCCCAUAGAAGCAUGCUACAUUUAGAUAACCAAUAAAGGUAUACCUACCUACCAUAAGUAUACUUACUUACACAUGACACCACUGUAUAUUGUAUAAACAUAUUGACUUCAGGUACUUUAGUUAUCAGCCGAUUGCAUUAGGUACAGUUCAGUAUUAUGUACCUAGCUUGCCUAAAAAUAUGUGUAAACUUAUAAUUUAGCGUUAACUCCUAAUAUGUUAUAAAUUUCCAUUAUUUAUAGGAACUUUGGACUAGUUUGAAUGAAAUAUUUAAAUUUAUAAAAUGAUAAAUAAUUUUAAUUUACAGCAACUUUUUAUUGAAGUGAAAUUUUGUAUUAGUAUUGAUUGAAUAGAUCUCAAUUUAGGUUCCAUUAACAAUUUAACUUAGUUGAUAAUGCUCAACUAGUAGUCAAGCACAAUUUAUUUGAAAAUUUGUGAAGUGGUGGUGAUUUUGGUAGCUUUAAAUUGGUUUUAUUAGUUUACAAUUUAGAAUAAUUUAUUUAGUUCAAUGUUUACAACCUUGAUGACAAUACUACACUACAAGAAAUAUUAGGUUUAUAAUUAAAAAAACUCUGAUGUACCUAGCUAGUCAAAAAAUUGUGUUAUCAAUAUAAUCUAUUAUUUAUUUGGAUAUCAUUAUGUAUACCUAUAGUGACCACAUUGCAUUUAUAUGAUUUUAGGAGUGUAAAAUAGUUUUUUUUGUAUGAAUGUGUU